UUCGUUGCACACGUGUUGCGCGACCGUUGUGACUUUCCGACGUCGGCAACUGGUUUCGCUUCGUCUUUUCACAAUUAUCCAAUUUGUAAUAGUUAAUGAGUAUCGAAUACCCAGUGAAUACCCCUAAAACAGUAGGCGUAUUCGUAUUUCAUUGGAGGACUUGUGGAAAAGGUUAAUAGAAGGUAUCGAUGAGUCGGUACCCCCAAGCUUUACGAAAUUUUGCAUGUUUUCGUUGAGGCCACAGGAUGUCGAUGAAGAGAUCAAUGCCUGUUUAUAUCAGUGAGCCCGAUCCAGAGUCAAAAUUUAUUGAAGACAGACUUCAUUGGGCAAUUUUGCGAGGAAAGUCAGUCACUGUUAGCAAAUUGCUUGACUCUGCUACUGUUUCUGUCGAGUUGGCUAAUAAAGCCGGACAGACUCCACUUUUCUGUGCAGCUUUCCAAGGGCAUUACGAUAUAGUGAAACUUUUGCUGAAGCUUGGUGCUGAUCCCAACAGGAGGUGUUCUAUUCUUAGGUGCACUCCAGUGCAUGCUGCGUGCUGGAGUUUGAAUAGUCAACUGCUAACCACCUUAUUGAUUGCAGGUUCAGCUUUUUAAAUAUCGAUUGUGUGUCUGUUCUUAUUAUUCACAUGUGAUCAUUGUU